UAUUAUCACGGAUACUUAAUAUUCGAUACGACUUUGAAAUGCAUUUAUGAUAAAACGAAGCAAAACAAUUCGUACCCUCGCGCUCGCACAGUAAUGUUUUUAUUUAAUUUUGAAUUCAUCGGAUUGGAUAUGAGUGUUGAAAAUAAUGUAUACAGAUCAGGAGCUAAAUAAAAAAUCAUUUUCUUCGUAUUCUUCAAUGGAAUUAAAGAAUACUUCGUCAACAACGAGCAGGUUUGCUGUUAGUAUAGCUUCUAUUGUGUGUUUAUUUUUAUUGGCCUACGCUACAUGGACUUUAAUUGAUAAAGGUGAACCCAAACUUGAAAUUUUAAAUAUUUAUAACUAUUACAAGGAUGUUGAGGUAGAUAAAGUUGUCUCAUGUUACUACAACACUCCAUCAGAGGAUGAUACCUCACAGCUGUUGCCAAAGAACAUUCACCCACACCUUUGCACUCAUAUUAACAUUGCCUUUGCACAAGUGAAAGAUAAACAAAUCUACUUGAGUGAACAUCAACUCAUAACUGUACAGGAAAUUGUUAAACUCAAAAAGGCGAAUCAAAAACUAAAAGUUUUGUUAUCUGUCGGAGGAGCAGGAAACAAUGAUGGAUUUUCUGAAAUGGUUGUUGAUCAUGCCUCAAGAAAAAUAUUCAUCAAAUCAAUAAAAUAUAUGCUCAGGAAUUAUUCCUUAGAUGGCAUUGAUUUAGACUGGGAAUUCCCUGCGCUACAUCAAUACAACUCGGAGACAGGCAAGAGAGAACGACAACACUUUUCUCAGUUGCUCAGAGAGAUAAGAAUGGAGUACAUCAGAGAGAGGAGGAACUACUUGUUGACUAUUGCCAUAGCUGCACAACAGAUCAUAGUGGAUGUGUCCUACGAUGUGGACCAAAUCAAUAUGUAUGUGGAUUACGCUAAUAUAAUGACUUAUGAUUUUCAUUAUUACACCCAGUUCACACCCUUCACUGGACUCAACUCUCCCCUAUAUGCCAGAGAGACUGAACAUUUCUAUAUGGCAACAUUAAAUGUGAAUUAUACAGUACAAAUGUAUAUAAGUAAAGGUUUAAAUGAAAGCAAAAUAGUAGUCGGAAUACCAACAUAUGGCCACAGUUUUAGUUUAGUUAAUAAAAAUAAUGCUGACAUCGGCAGCCCUGCCGCAGGGUUUGGCAGCCUUGGGAAUUUGGGGUUUGUGAACUAUCCAGAUAUCUGUCGAUUCAUAAGGCAUAAUAAUGUUACCAUUAAGAAUGACUCUGAUGCUAAAGUGCCAUAUUUGCAUGAAGGGUCUGAAUGGAUUUCAUAUGACACUCCAAUCAGUGUGAUUGAAAAAACCAAAUACAUCAAACAGUACAAAUUAAGAGGAGCCAUGAUAUAUUCACUGAAUUCUGAUGAUUACCAAGGAUCGUGUGCAGAGCUAUCAGACAGUGUAAAAUUCCCCCUCGUAGAAUCUAUUAAAAACAGUUUGUUUGAUUGAACAUUAAUGUUAGGGAAAAUGUAACACAUGAAUGAUUCAAUAUUGCAUUAUGAUUUUUGUUGUGUGAUUUGCAAUGGCUGAUAAAUGCUUCGGUAAAAGUGGAUUAGAGAUGGAAAUAUAUGCAUAGCAUCCUGCACCCGCGAGUUAGUCAAUUGCCGUGCACUCGUUACCUUCUUCUUCCGCGACACGUAGGUGAUCUUGUACAUGGUGCAGGAUUUCAUGGUGGUCGGCGGCGCGGCGUCAGGUGGUGUGCGGCAUGUCGCGCGCGGGCGUCGGCGCCCACGCACAGCUCGACUGGUCAAGGCGCUCGCCGCCGGCCUGGCACCACGCACGCGCAUACGUUACAUACCUCAUGUGAAGGAGCCGAAGAAAACUACCG